GUCUACAGUAGGUCAAAGGGCACUUCUCGGUCAUGUGAUGGGUUACAGCUAAAAUGAAACGCGGGAGCUUGCAAAAUGAGUAAAAAACAAACAUCUUUGGAAAGUUUCUUUGGGAAGGGGAAAAGGCCCCGCCAGGACACAGAAGAGGAGCCUACAAUUUUCAAGAAAAAGAAGGCUAAAUUUAACAGACAGUAUCAGCAGUCCCUACGACUUAAAAUACGGAUUUAUCUCAAUGAGAGAUUCCCACGCACCAACCUCACUCUGCAUGAUAUGCCGCGAUGGUAAAUCUCUCCUACGAGACACGACAGCAUGGCUCAGAACAACCCCAAUCCACAGGGACCAUGGAAGAUCACAGUUUACGACCAGGAGAACUUCCAGGGAAAGCGUAUGGAGUUUACCUCCUCCUGCCAGAACAUCAUGGAAUCUGGCACAGACAACAUCCGCUCCCUCAAGGUGGAGUGUGGAGCUUGGACAGGAUAUGAGCACUCCAGCUUCUGUGGACAGCAGUUUGUUUUGGAGAGAGGAGAGUACCCUCAUCGGGAGUCUUGGAGUGGCAGCAAUGCCUAUCACACUGAGAGGAUGAUGUCCUUCCGCCCCAUCUGCUCUGCUAACCACAAGGAGUCUAAGAUGGUGGUGUUUGAGAAAGAGAACUUUACGGGACACCAGUGGGAGAUAAACGAUGACUACCCAUCACUGCAGGCUAUGGGCUGGGGAACCAAUGAGAUUGGAUCCAUGCAAGUUCAGAGUGGCGCCUGGGUGUGCUACCAGUUCCCUGGUUACCGUGGUUAUCAGUACAUUCUGGAGUGUGAUCGCCAUGGUGGCGAGUACAAACAUUACAGAGAAUGGGGCUCCCAUGCUCAAUCAUUCCAGGUGCAGUCACUGCGUCGCAUCCAGCAAUGAGAGCUCACGUCUCCUUUGCCAAAAAGCUCCGCAGCUUCCUCCUCCUCCUCCUCAUUCCUCCAUAAUCAUUCCAGCAUUCCCUGGUGCUACGUCACCAAAAUGUCUGCCGCACUUCUGCUUUGUUCUGUUGCUUGAUGGAAGCUUAGAAAAACAGAUGACUGAAUGGAAUAAACGAUAAAGAGAGGGAGAAAGAGAGCAGCAGCAGAGAUAUGCUGCUGACUCCCUGAGAAGAGGAGAAAAAUGAAGGUGUCUUGAGAUGUCUGUGAGGUUAUGAUGUCAUUCACUGCAAGUGCAAGAGAUAAUGGACAAGUCGAAAUAAAGCGUAAAACAAG